AUGACCUCUCCACCUUCGCUUACUGAUCGCCUCCGCUCGGGGUCCAGCGCAUCCUCCAUCUCCCUCUCUGCGUCUUCAUCCAUAGGCGCCGGUCCUUCCUCUCGCUCCCCAACACCUACUCGACCUCCACAACAUCGAGGCCUCAGUAAAGCCUAUCGACCGAGAUACCACUCUCGGUCCCAAUCGACCAACCCGUCCUCCACUUCCCCUCCCGGCUCGCACAGCCACAGCGGGAAACCAAUAGUCCUUCCAUUCCCGGACCUCCCAGUACGUCCUAUAUCGAGAGACGGUUCCCGAGCUGGCAGUCCAACGGGCUCGCGCACGCCCAUGUCGAGUCCAGGCUGGACGCCCAGAGGGAGCAGUACGAAUCUGCUCGAGACGGCCAGGCAGAGUGGGAUGCUUAGUCCGCCCAGGCAAGGCGGUGGAAGCGGAUCGGGAGAGGGAAUUGGGAUGGGUGGGGUGGCGAUGAGAAGUGGAGGGAGCAUGGACGGUAGCAGGAGCUCGAGCGGGGACGGGAGGGGAACCCCAGCGAGAUCCAACCUACACUCGCAAUCUACCAGUCCUACCUUUGCCUCACCACUCGCUAGCUCCAGCACACCUCAUCUCGGUCUCCAAACUACCAACUUCCGUCCAAGAGCUUCGACAUCUCCGGCGCCAGUGGACAUACCCCGCUCAACUUACGCAGCGGCGUCUGCCUCGACCUUGCCUCUACCGUCCGGAUCCACCUCCACUUCGAGCUACACCUCCCCCACCUCCCCUCCGACCUUCUCAUCCGUCUCUCCUCCUCAGGCCGGCUCGGGUCUGGGAUCAAGAUCAGGCUCCGCGCCCGGUGCUGCCUCCCGUCUGACUGCGCCCUCAUCUGGCAGUAAUGCCACUUCCCAGCUUGGUCCGCCAACGCCCGAGAAGGAUAGGCCAUCCCCCGUCGUCAAGCCCACAAAGAAGCUGUCGACUGGCAGCACAACUACCAUCCAUCCCCCUACCGGCCACGUACCCAUGACCUCUGUGCAGGACGUCCAGCCCUUGCAGGAUCACCUGUACCGCUCCUUCCUCUCCGGGAGCUGCGCAGAUAUUAGGUUGUACGUGAGGGAAUGGGGCGUCGGAUGGCAUGUGCACAAGAUGGUGCUGGUCCAAGCUGGCUUCUUCCACUCGCUCUUUCUUGGUGGCUUCUCUGAGGCUGGCAUGGUCGCAAAGCGGCCCUCGCUAAAAGGCAAAGAGCGAGCUGUUGGGGAGGAUGAGUGGAAGGGCGAGGCUAUGGAGCUACGGUUCGACGAUCCCAAUAUCACACAAGAAGCGUUCGAAAUCUGUCUCGCUCGUUUAUACUCCCCUCAUCCCCGUCUACUCUUUCCCCUCGCCCUCUUGCCUACUCCUCAACACCCACUGACUCCCACCUUUCCCCAUCUGCGACCACCUCCCCCACCAACCACUCCGUCCGACCCCUUCAGCAUUCACGCAAGCCCUCAUCUCCUCCUGUCCCUCCUCGCUGCCACCAUCUACCUCGGCCAUACACCGCUUAUGCGCGAAGUACUCGCUGUCAUACUGCGUACGGUCGGUCCCGCCACGGUCGGCCAAUAUCUCGGCUUCGCGCUCGGCGACGGGUGCGGGUCGGCAGAGGAUCUACCCAGAAGAGCCUCACAAGGCGUGGCCAGGGUUCUCCCGGAAUACAUGCGGGCGGCACCGCAGGAUGAGGAUGAAGAGGAGGAUGUCGAUCUGGCGCUUGGGACCGGGGACCAAUCGUCCUCGUACAAUCAAGCGGCGACGCAUCGGGAUUCCACGACCUCGACCGACUCGAAGCCGGAGGAGGACGUCAAAGUUGGCUCAUUACCGCCGGUAUCGUCUAUGCCGGCUUCGAGCUCGGCCAGCGCGGUGGUUGGCGGUGGUAGCGUCCACCGGACUAUCUCGAAUGCGUCAACUAUUCGCGCCCCGUCCAACAAGAUGGGCAUGUCCAGCUCCAAAGCGGCCGAGCCGCUCAGUCCCCGCACCUCUCCCACUCGAGCAGGAGCGGACACAUCCUCCGUCUCGCUCGACACCCUUGCGCACAUGCCCCACUUCUACGGCUUCGCGUCCGAUAAGAUCGGGGAAGCGUGCGCGUGCUGGCUCAGCCGCUGGGGAAUGGACAUACUCGCCGCUGAGAUCGAGCUCGACGCUCAUCCGGCCCGCAAGUCGAGCGAAGAAUAUCGGAUCUUUCGGCACCGUGGGAUCCCCGCGUCGUUCCUGCGGGGCUUAUUGGCUAGCGAUAGCCUCUGGGUGAUGGGUGAGAUGGAGCGGUAUGAGGCGACUAGGGAGAUUCUGGCUAUUCGCCGCAAAGGGUGGGAGGCGGAAUGGGAGGCUUCGCAUGCUGAUCCGGAAGGGGAUGAGGAGGAAGAGGGAUGGGAAGAGUGGGAUGAGGAUGAAGAACAGUUGGCGAGGGUGUUUGCGGAGGGGAUAUACUAUUCUCAUAUGUCCUUCGAAGACCUCUCCAUCAUCUCCAACGACAUUGACCCUACCACGAACCUCCCCUAUGCUCCGCUUUCAGUACUGCAAGCAGCGCACUGGGCAGCCGCGGAUCUCAAAUCCCGGGUCAUCGCGCACGACCCCUCGACCGCACCUAUCCCCUCUGUCUUGGAGCAGCGGGACGAGGCGGAGCUGGGCCUGACGAUAACGGCGUCUGAGUUGGCGGAGGGCAUGGAGCGGUCGAUGCGGAAAGUGACACCAAGGGGACGGAUGAUCUCUCCGUCCUUGAGCGCAUCAAGCUCGUCCGGCGGCAAAGGGAAGGCGCCUCUCUCGGCUCAUGCAGGGAGUUCCGGGACUUCCUCCUCUCGUCCACUUGGUACUAUCGGCGGCGCAAACACCAUAUCCCCGGAAACUAUAUACCAUCCCAUCCCCAUCGACGACACACAUCGCGCUGGAGCGGGCGGCCUGCUCUUCCUCGCCUCGCCGGAAUCAGCCUCGUCCGCCAUUCCCGGAAUGAGCGGUUUGCCCGAUCUCGGUCCUUCCCUCUUUAGCGCGAGCGGGCUCGGCGGUAGCGACGAUGAAGGAACCGGCGCCGGUCUUGCGGGCGGCAAGAAGAAGGUACCUCCCGCUGGCGAAAAGUCCUGGUUUGGCCUCAAGAACGGCUCCCGCUCUUCUUCUGAAAUCACCUCGUCCCUCUCCCCGCCCAUCUCAUCACCGUCCUUCUUCUACCCAUCGUACCAACCCACUACCGCGCCCGCCGGUGCAGACUCGCGCUGGACUCCGACGCAGCCAUUCCGCUUCUCGGUGGAAUUCUGGGAUGUCGAUACCCUGCCCGAAAAAGAACGGUUGUACUCGUCCACCCAUUUUCACGCGGGCAGCUGGUGGAACGUCUAUGUCCAGACUAUUCGGAAGAAGGAUAAGGGGACACAGCUGGGUGUAUAUCUGCAUAGACAGAGUCUGAAGGAGGGGGUCCCGAGGGCGAGCAGACCGGCUGUUGGGGGACGGAAGGCGAGGGUGAGUGCGGAGCAGCCAGAAGCGGUGGAAGCGACGGGGACGAGGGUGGAGGCUAGGCGGGAGAGGAGGUCUGAGGGGGAGCUGGCGCUCAGGGCUUCGACGGGGUCAUCGUCGUCUGCUGCUUUGGGGAUAACUCCGCCAGGGUUAUCUUCGGGCAUGCGGAGAAGCGGGCCAAGUGGUAGCGCCGCGGGAAGCGGUUCAGGAUCGUCAUUAAAUCCCGCUUCACAGGAGGAUACCGAGGCGGAUAUGGUGGGAGAGGAAACGUACAAGGACGCGAGAAGGGUGACCAGGGCGUACUUCUCCAUCACCUGCGCGUCUGCACUCGGUACUGCCCUCAUCCGCUUCUCCUCCUCGCCCGAUAGCUUCACCCUCUCGCAAUCAUGGGGAUGGAAAAGCAGUGCGCUGCGCAGUGAAGAGUACUUGGCUGUAGCGCCUGCCCCUGCGGUCGACAGUGAGGGCGCGUUGGGAUGGGUUGGGGAGAUACCGACUGGUGAAGGAGGUAGCAGGGGGAGCUUGCGGGCGACGGUGGUUGUCGGUGUAAUCUAG